AUGAAGUGCCUUUUGGUUUUGGUUGAACAAAAUAAAAUAAUCUAUACACUCAGAGAAAUAGCCGAUCUCAAUACUCAGGUGAUCAAGAUUUCUGAUUAGGUUGUAAUGGUCCUUGUUUAUAUUUGGAAUCACCAGAAAAAAUGA